GAGAUGAUCGGAGGAGUGGAGUCUCAGUGAACAGAGCGAAGCGAUGGAGAGAUGCUCCAUCUCUCCUGUCACACGACUGACUGCCCUCGUCUCUCUCCUCCUGGUUGCUCUGGUGACACAGCCCUCCACCUGUAACCGUGACGACACCGAGGGCGAGGAGCAGGUGGACGCCCUGUCGGUCCAGCUGUCCGUCACGGCCCAGGUCACACCCACCCCUCUGUGGGCGGUGGUCUGGGGUCCCACGCAGCCGCUGGAUGAUGACACCUACCACUUCCUCUCCAGCCAGGAAACUGACCACCUGCACCAGCAUGGGAACCAGCAGGAGCCCAGCACCGCCACAUCCGAGGACUGGCCUUAUCCUGAUGCAAGCAUGCAGCCCCGAGAGGAGACACUGCUGGAGUCCAGGGAGCAGGAGGGAGCGGACGAUGGCGGGACGGAGGCGGAGGAGACAGAGCCUGAGGAAGUGGACCCUCAGUUCUACGUCACCGUGACCAUCUCCUCGCUGCUCAUCCUGACGGCAGUCGUCAUUAUAGCCAAACUCUGUUACGAUCGCAGCUGUUCACAGCAUCCACCCCCGCUUUCCCGUGGCACGGCACCCCCCCUAUCCCUCGCGCUCCCUCGUUCCCUCGCUUCGGAAGACAGCCGGCAGACGCUGCACAGCACCUCCUCCUCCUUCACCGACAGGGAGAGGUAA